UAAACGCGCGACACGGAAAACGACCCUCCAACGGUACUGAAGUCUUAGUCUUAGCAGAAUAGAAACAAAAAAAAAACCACAAGUGAAAAAUAAAUAAAUUUUUGUCUACACAUCACAUAUAACCAUGUAACAGUCUGCCACCAUUCAUGCAGCAGCUGUGGCGGAUGUCACUAUAAAAAGUAAACUGGAAUUACAACUGUUAUAUGGAUGUAUUGAAAUGCGGUGAAGGUGCCUUGCAUGGUGAAGGGCUCAACGCGAUAUCGUUAAUUUUGCAUAGCAGUGAAGUGAAUGUGUCGCAAUGUGGCAGUGGAAAGAAAUGCAAAUCUUACUGCAGGCCAAUUCCCAGUGCAAUCAAGUGAAGAAAAGCCUCGGGCAAGAGUGAAAUGAAGUGAAGUGUGCCGAGCUCGUCAGCUCGCCGAAGAGGAGUGAGGGCAAUUAAGUGUGAAGAAAUAGAAAUUUUUCGUCAAAUUACUCGCUCCAAAGUGCAUUUAAUAUAAUUCAAUUAGAGGAAAAUUGCAAAAUUGCAUAAUUUCUAACGGUAAAAUGUUGCAGCAAACUUAAGUCGCGACGCAAUAUUCGAAAAAGUUCUUAUUUACAGUUGCCAACCGUCGACUUGAUGUCAAUUUAUCCACUAAGAACUGCUAAACUCAACUAAUAAAUAAUUUGCAGAAGAACCCAUACGUACAUAUAUAUAAUGCAUCUUCAACAUUGUGAGCAAGCGAUCAACCGACGAUAGCAUGACCCGUGACGGAGAGAUACCUGCCAUAUUUAACCCGAAACGGGUGCGUACGCCAUCCGUUGUCGUAACCGGUGACUCUCCGAAUGGUCCGUAUGGUGGUUUCAGUAAUGCGCUCAACGCUAGCAAUCCACAAAUUGCCCACCAAGAUUCAAUUUCAUCAAGUCAACAGGAUCCGAGUGAGGUUAUAACAAUACAUCCAGAUGCACGUGAAGCGUCUACGCCGAUUGGUACGCAUCCCGGUUUGCGACGUGGACUCGGUGCUGGUGGUGGCAGUUUUGUGAGUAGUUGCCCUUUAAAUACUGGCAGUGCCGGUGGUGGUGGCGGCGGUGGUGGAAAUGAAUCGGAGCUGCCGACACUGGAGUCGGGCACAGAUGGAACUGAGGUGCGAUUUCGACGUUUGAAAGCUUUCAGAGAGUCAUGUUGUUCGGAGUUGGCACGGAAGAUGUACUUUGGUGUUUGUGUCACCAUACUCGUCACUGCAUCUUGGGUUGGCGCUACACAUUGCAUCAAAUUUCUCUACUUGAAUCGUAGCACAUAUGCGGCUAUAGCAGAUGACAUUGACAGCACGUCGGAUGGUGGCAUCGAAUUGGAUUUAAACAACAAUGAUGAUGAUGAUGAUGAUGAUGCAGAUGAUCAUAGUAAUCUUCUGGGCAUAAGUGAUACUGCUUUAAGCGUCACUGAGGUGCAGGAAGCUACCAAAUUUUUCCAGAUCGCACAUCCUACUUUACCCGAGUCCACAGUAUUCCGUGCACCCUUCUUCGCUGCUUGGUUUUUCACCAAUUUCUCCUUCUUCUUCUUCCCCAUCUAUGUUCUGGGUCGCAUGUCGUUGCGUAAAUGUGACAAACCGGGUGAGAUUUUGGGCGAUGUGCUACGCGGCUUUCGAGAUCGCGGCUUUACAAUCGGUCGUUUCCUCAAUCGCUGCCUCUCCUUCUGUAUACUGUGGCUGGUGACCACCUAUCUUUACACCAUGUCUCUACGCGUCCUCUUCGCCACCGAUGCUAUGGCCCUGUUCGCGACCAAUGUCGCUUGUGUUUACCUGCUGUCAUGGGUUAUUCUACACGAACAAUUUGUUGGCGUACGGAUUGUUGCAGUCAUUCUAUGCGACACUGGCAUUGCGCUGCUCGCCUAUAUGGAUGGCAUUACGGAGAGUCGCACGCUGAGCGGUGUUGUGCUGGCAACGCUGGGCGCUGCCGGUUAUGCAGUAUUUAGGGUUAUGUUCCGCAAGGUGAUGGGCGAUCCACCGAUUGGUCAGAUUGCUUUCACCUUCACCACACUCGGUUUUCUCAACGCCUUGCUGUUGUGGCCCGUCUGCGUGGGCCUAUAUUUGGCUGGUUAUGAGAGCAUGCCACCAGAUCGUAUGCCAUGGAUUAUUUUAUUGAUUGCCAGUAUUUUAUUAUUGGUUUUUCACAUCCUAAUGCAGUUCAGUGCUGCUGUUACCUAUAAUAUGUUCGUGACGCUGGGUUUAAUUACGGCAGUGCCGGUUUCAGGUGCAUUGGAUGUUGUCCUGUAUGGCGCCACAUUUGCUGGCAUGAAAUUGGCGGGUGUGAUAUUAAUCGCUGUUGGCUUUUUCCUCGUUAUGUUCCCCGAAAAUUGGCCAGACUAUAUUACUCGCUUGCUAAGAAAAAGUGGUCGUGCUAUACUGCGUUACCAAUGUUGUUGUGAAUUAGCUGAAAUUCAUUAUCCCCAUGCGAAAUAUCAUCUUGUUGGGUCACAACGCGAGAUGGGGUCGAGGUCCUCGCCACGGAUCGUUAGCCGGUCAGCAUCCCACCAUUAUCGAUUAUCGGACGGGAUACAUAAGGUCCCAUCUUCGGUCACCAUCUGGCCGUGUGAGAUGACUGAUAUGUCGCCUACUGGAUUUCUACUCAAUCAACAUCCACAUCACCAGCAGCAACAACACCAAGUAUAUCAACAACAAAAUGCCGGUUAUUCCACCUCAUCGGGCGCACAUUCAAGUAGCAGUUCAACAACACGUGCACCACCAAUUGGCAGUGGUAGCGGCGGCGUUGGCGGACGAUUGUUUCCCUACUUCGGCGGUGAGCAUGAGCGCGAGCGUAAAAAAUCUGAAACUUCAUUUUUCAAUUUGGGCUUUCGGCGUAAAUCGACGAUCGUUUAUUAUGCUUCCACGGAUUAGGGGAAAGUGCAGUUACGCACUGCUGCGGUGGUGUAAUUGAUUCAUGGGGCAUGGUGAAAAAAUGAGGUUAGUUGAAAUGUGGUGUACUUUGUUGCAGUUGGUCGAGAUUUUAAAGACGACAAAGAAUUUAAAUUACGAAAUUGAGGUUUGAAUUUGAAAAA